UUCUUUAUAACUCUCUGAUAUUCCGCAAGGAAACACCCAUCUUGUACCUAUGGAGGAAGAUGUGUUUGGUAUUGAGCAUCAAGAAACAAUUGGUAUGGAGGAUUUUGAACAAAUUUUUGAACAUACGCAAUUAGGCCUCGGUGUUAUUGAUACAUACAUAAGGUUUUUGUAUGAAAAAUUGAUGCACCCGAGUGGAUUGAGGCAAAGAUUCGCUUUCUUAGCUCCCUUCAAUACCAACUUAGAGUUAAUCAUAUCUAAACCGGAUGAAGUCAUGGCGUAUGUACUCAACCGUUUUAUGGCCAGCAUAAAUUCAGAAAAGUUGUUCUUUUUACCGUUUAAUACUGGUAACGGUGGACAUUGGUUGUUGGUCGCGAUUAAUCCUAUCAGUGAAGUUGUAUAUUUUCUGGAUUCCUUACACAAUCCAGUUAGUACAUACGAAGCUAUGAAGAAGUUGGUUGAUACCGUUAUACAAGUUUUUCGAGCACAAAGAGGAAGUCAAGUACCAAAGAGUAAAGCCAACAACAUCACAUGGACUCGAGUGGAGGUAUAUUAA